AUGGCCACCUCAAAGAAGAACCUGAAGGCGACUAAGAAGUUUGAGAAGAAGCACCUGAAAAGUACACUCGAACGAAGAAAAGAGGGCGCCAAGAUCAAGCAGCGCGUCCAGAUCAAGGCGAAGAAGCAGGCCAAGCGAGCCAAGGACGACGAAUUCUUCAAAGGGAAGAAGGACGGCGAGGAUGACGCCCCAAAGAUCAAUGGCAAGAAUGCCGGCGCCAAGGUUGCCGAGAUGAGUGUCGACGACUUCUUCAAGGGCGGCUUCGAGAUUAUCGACAAGAACAAGCCUGCGGGCAAGAAGGGCGACGGCAAGCUUGGAAAGCGGAAGCGAGACCAGGCCAAGGCUCAAGCUGAACAAGAGUCAGAAUCCGACUCUGGCGACGAUGAAGACUUCUCUGCAGACGAGGCGCCUGUAGCAAGCGACAGCGAGGCAGGCGACGCUGCGGAGGAUGAUGAAGACAGCGUUGGCAUGACCAAGAGCGCAAUGGACGCGCUGGCAGAGAAGGAUCCCGAGUUCUACAAGUACCUCAAGGAGAACGACCCCGAAGCUCUCGAGUUUGACGAGAAUGCUGACCUCGCCGAGAUCGACGAGCUCAGCAAUAGCGAAGGCGAGGAAGAGCAACCCAAAAAGAAACGCAAGAAGGAGAAGAAGGUUGCAGAGGAAGCGGUAGAGGACAACGAGCUCACACUUGCCAUGAUCACGAGGUGGAAGCAAUCCAUGGCAGAGACUCAUUCUCUGCGGGCGGCUAGAGAAGUUGUUCUGGCCUUCCGGAGUGCUGCCUACUCCAAGCGGCCAGGCGACCAGGGCGCGGAUGAUGCCGAUGACGACAAGAGGCAGAAAUAUACCAUCCUGAGCCCGGAUGUCCGUGAUGCCAUUGUUCUCCUAGCUCUGAAGCGGAUACCGGAGAUUUUUGAGCACCAUGUUCCCGUCAAGGAGUCAGCAGCUCACAAGGUUUACGUCGCUACGACAGGCAAGAAGUUCAAAACCCUCUCCAUUAUGAUGAGGACAUACACGACUUCUAUCCUUCGUCUUCUCGGCACGCUUACGGACGACGGCGACCUUAAGCUCGCUAUCAACGCCAUUCUGCCCCUGCUGCCCUAUCUCCUUUCUUUCCGCAAGCUCCUGAAGCACGUCAUCAAGGCUAUUGUGGGUUUCUGGGCUCAGCCAGCGAGCAGCGAAUCCUUGAGGAUCACUGCCUUCCUUGUGCUGCGAAGAUUGAUGGUCAUAGGCGACAAGGGAGUCAGGGAGGCUCUUCUCAAGGCUGUCUACCAAGGUCUCAUUGAGGGCUGCCGUGCUACCAACAUCAACACCAUCCAGGGCGUCAACUUGAUGAAGAACUCGGCGGCCGAGCUGUGGGGCAUUGACCAGGGCCUUGGCUACACAACUGCCUUUUCUUUCAUCCGGCAACUCGCCAUCCACCUUCGCAACAGCAUCGCGCACAACCAGAAUGACUCUUUCAGAACGGUGUACAACUGGCAAUAUGUGCACUCUUUGGACUUCUGGUCAUGCGUGCUAGCCGAGCAUUGCAGCCCUCUGAAGGAGGCCGAGGCCGGCAAGGAGAGUCAGCUGAAGCUGCUCAUCUACCCCUUGGUGCAAGUCACCCUCGGUGCCAUGCGUCUCAUCCCUACUGCCACCUACUUCCCGCUUAGAUUCCACCUCAUCCGGUCGCUGCUCCGAGUUUCCCGGGCUACUGGCACUUAUAUCCCUCUGGCGUCGGCUCUCAUCGAGGUUCUUAACUCGGCGGAGAUGAAGAAGCCGCCCAAGGCAGCCUCGCUGAAGCCGCUUGACUUUAGCGUCGCCUACCGGGCGCCCAAGUCGUACCUCAGGACACGCAUCUACCAGGACGGCGUUGGCGAGCAAGUCGUGGAGCUGCUGUCUGAAUACUUUGUCCUCUGGUCUACCAACAUCGCCUUCCCCGAGUUCUCGCUUCCUGUCAUCAUCAUGCUCAAGCGCUGGCUCAAGGACGCGAAGAAGAAGGCGUCUGGUAACAAGAAUGGCAAGCUCAACUCCAGCCUGACGUUGCUCAUCCAGAAGCUGGAAGCCAAUAGUCGGUUCAUCGAGGAGAAGCGCGCCCGGGUCGACUUUGCGCCCAAGGACCGUGCGCAGGUCGAUGCCUUCCUCAAGGACUUUGAGUGGGAGAAGACGCCGGUCGGCGCCUUUGUCGUGUCACAGAGAAAGCUGAGGGCAGAGAAGGCCAAGAUGAUGCAGGAGGCGAGGAAGGAGGACGAGAGGAAACGGAAAGAGGAAAAGGAGGCCGAGCAGGCUGACCAGUUGGAGGAUGAUGAGGAGGAAGAUGAAUUUGAGGAUGAGGAAGGUGUCUUGGAGGUUGACAGCGAGGAUGGGGACAUGGAAGACGAGGAGGAAGACGACGAGUAA